UGGGAGAGAGCUAGAUUCACCUUUCAUCUGGGCUUUAGCUGACAUCACAACACCUGGUGCCUUUGGCUGGUCAUCAAGAACAGAACAAACAGAAUCUAAGAGAGCGUGGCAAAACGUUGACAUUUAACCCAAAAUAUCAGCAAAAUACUGCUGGGAGGAUGUAGGUGACAGAUCAGGAGAGAUACCUGAAUCAAAGAAAGUGUCUACAAUGGGAGACGGUCAAGAACCUGAUAUUGAGUUAUUUGUCAAGGCUGGUUGUGAUGGCGAGAGCAUCGGAAACUGUCCUUUCUCCCAACGACUCUUCAUGAUCCUCUGGCUCAAAGGUGUGGUCUUUAACGUCACCACUGUCGACCUGAAGAGGAAACCAGCUGAUUUGCACAAUUUGGCUCCAGGCACUCACCCUCCUUUCCUGACCUUCAACGGUGAGUUGAAGACAGACAUUAACAAGAUCGAGGAGUUUCUGGAGGAGGUUUUGGCACCACCAAAGUACCCCAAACUUGCAGCCAGGCACAGGGAGUCAAACACAGCUGGGAAUGACAUAUUUGCAAAGUUCUCAGCUUUCAUAAAAAACACUAAGCCAGAUGUGAAUGAAGCUCUGCAGAAGGGUUUGACAAAGGCACUCAAGAAGCUGGACGACUACCUGACCAGUCCCUUGCCUGAUGAGGUAGAUGCCGACAGCAUGGAGGAGGAGAAGGCCUCCAACCGCAAGUUCCUGGACGGGAAUGAGCUGACUCUGGCAGACUGCAACCUGCUGCCAAAGCUCCACAUAGUGAAGGUCGUUGCCAAGAAAUAUCGGAACUAUGACAUUCCCAACGAUUUGACAGGCGUGUGGCGUUACCUGAACAAUGCGCAUGAGCAAGAAGAGUUCACCAACACCUGUGCCGCCGACAACGAGAUCGAAUUAGCAUAUAAGGAUGUGGCUAAGAGGCUAACUAAGUAAACAGACAAACAAAUUUGACACAAAUAGACUUGGGGUAGAUCUUUUCUUGGGGAAGAGAUGAUGUUUUCCAUGUAAUUCCAUGUAAAGCUGUUGAUCCCAAACUACAAGGUAGUAGAUUUAUUCAUCCAGGGUACUGAUAAUCAAUCAUACGUUCAGUUAAGGACUGGUGCUCUGAUAUAAUUAUGAAACACCACAUUUGCCUGUCUGCGAGUGCCAUUACUCAAAUGUGAAUCCAAAACAUCAGCCAAUCAAUCCUCACCAGCUCUCACUCAUCUGUUGCUCAUAUAAACAUUUCUAGGGCUGCAACAACUAAUCGAUAAAAUCGAUUAUUAUCUAUAAUGAAAAUAAUCGA